GCCAAUACCACGACCUGCUUGCUAGUUCUAACUUGCUCGUCUACAAACAGUCAAUCCCUUGCUUAGUACCUGAUUUCCUGCAUGCAGCCAAUAUUGAAGGGGAAGCUGUUCAGGGUCGCCGGCUAACCACUACGUAUUCACCGCACCCUCUGACACAUGGAGCGCGGCUAGAAGAUCAAGCAUAAACCUCUCUCCGUUCACCUACGACUUCAGCACAUUCACUGCUACGACCACGCCGAAGAUGGCCCCAGACCUCAACUCCAUUUCACGCUCACCCCGCAACGGUCCAAAUCCUCAAAGCUCGCAAUCAACGAUACCUUCAUCUUCCUCACAUUCUGCCUCCAGGCGAACAUCAACCCAGAUGCUCCCUCCUCCCCUUCCACGGACGGACAGCAGUCUACCCAGCUCGCCCCGAGCAGCGCAGGCUACAAUGGCCGACAAUACAGGCGUCGGUCUCGGCCCAGGUCCAAUCAGGCACCCCAGACCCUUAACCGCAGCCGAACUACACCUCGAACUGGAGAAAGAGCAAGAGAGCAUUGUAAACCGCCUAACCCGCGAACUUUCCGCCCUGCGUGCUCAAACUGCCUCCGUCGCAUCCACCACUUCCUCAACAUCCGACCACUUCUUCUCGUCCAGCGACCCCUACACCACAACCGGGACUAGCACGACCAUUAUUCCCACAACAACACGCCGACACCGCAGCAGUUCGAAUCUCUCAACGCGCUCGGCGCGGAGCAUACGGGACAACCUCGCCAACACUGCGAACACGAGCGUUUCGGGUGUCGCCGCACCACGCGACCAAAGUAGUCGUCCGAGCAUGGAACUCACACGACCGGACAUGAGUCGGCAGAACAGCAUGAGCGCGAACGCGGCGGGCAUGGGACUAAGCUUUAGGAGUAGCAGCAGCAUGACAGGCUCGCCUCAUAUGACACAGACAAGCACGAGUGCGGGUGCAUAUGUGGGUGCUGGGUAUCCUCAUCGGAGUAGUGUGUCGAGCAAUGCACCCAACGCCGUGGGUGAUGGAGGCGGUUUCCCUCGGAGUCCCAGCGCGAAUGCGGCGGCAGCGGCCAUGAGGUAUGAGGAAGCUGCUAUGCAGAGGGCGGAGCUGGAGGCGGUGAAGCGAGAGAAUGAGAUUCUCAGAGCGAGGGUGAAGGAGCUGGAGAAGAGUUUGAGUAAGGCCAACGAAGUGACGAGCGAGAUGACACCCGCAUCCGGGACGGCACCCUCUGUUUUGUGACGAGCUAAUCGCCUACGGGGUUGAGGCGAGGUGGGAUGAAUACGACCAGCACAUCUGCCUGGACUCUGGAGCGGAAGACUUGCAAAGUGCAUCUACGAAAAAACGGACAAUUGCUAACGAACAUUGAAUGAAUUGCGGGAUGAGCCACGAAUUGCUAUUGGGACAUUGGCAAAGAACGAUUCAUACGCGGUGAAUAUGCAUGGUGUUGUGGGAGUUCUUGAUAUGUCCUUCUUUUCAGUUGAGUAAGCGAAGGGGCUUGGAACAGGGAGCUUGCUUGAAUGGUUCAAAGUUCAGAUAGAUAAAAAUUGGCCACUGUUGAAAAUGUUGGAUCUCAGCCCCGGAAAGCUGGCGAAACUCCAUGUCGUUCAGACGAUGAGAACCUGCAAAGUGACCAAGCUGCC